ACUAUCAUUCACUAUUUCCAUCUCCGUCACGACUGAAUAAAAGUAAAUGUCGGCAUGUCGGCAGUAUGUACAUAAUAAUAUAAACAAAUAAAUUAAUAAAUAAAUUAUAUGUGAUAACGUUUUAUACUUAAAUAGUUAUUAAACGAAAAAAAUAAUAAAAUGGGCGUGAUAGGAUUAUGGAAUAUAAUAACACCACUUAGUAAAGCUGUUGCUUUAGCUGAACUACGUGGUAAAAGUGUUGCUGUUGAUCUUAGUUGCUGGAUUGUUGAUAGUUCCAGCGUUGGUCCUGAUGAUGGAUGUCUUAACAAACAUUUACGAAACAUUUUUUUUCGUACCGUGGCCUUGCUGAUGAACGGAAUAAAUCCAAUAUUUGUUCUUGAAGGCACAGCACCGGUUCUUAAACACGAUGUCAUACGUGAAAGAAGCCAAAUGCGUAAUAAAAAAAAGACAGAGACUAAAAAAGAUAAUCAAAGAUCAAAUGGCCGUGGUUAUAUGUUCAAUCGUACGGUUAAUGAUUGUAAAAUAAUGCUGAACUUAAUGGGAUUGACUUGUGUCAAAGCCCAGGGCGAAGCUGAAGCCAUGUGCGCUUACUUAAAUCAAGAUGGACUGGUCGAUGGUUGUAUAACACAGGACAGCGAUUGUUUUUUGUACGGAGCAAAAAUAGUCUAUAGAAAUUUUACAAUAACUGAUAAAAUGGGAUUCGGCAGCUCAGUUGAAGAAUAUUCAUUAGAGAGGAUAGAAAAAAUUUACAGUAUUGGUCGUAAUAAAAUGAUCGGAUUGGCUUUGUUGUGUGGUUGUGAUUAUGAUUCUGGAAUUCCCGGAGUUGGUAAAGAAGGGGCUAUUAAAUUACUACGCGCAGCUAAUGAAAAAGAUAUUUUAAACAGGCUUAAAAAUUGGAGGACUGAUGGAAGUAUUUAUAAAUUAGAAACUGCUGUCGCUGCAUCUAAAAAUAUUUCAGAUGAAAUGAAAAAAUUGAUAUCAAAUGAAUUAUUGAUUCGUAAAAAAUGUAUUGCGAUUGAUAGCUUUCCAAAUCAACAUCUUAUUGAUGAAUUUACUAUUCGUAAAGGCAAAGUUCCCAGGACAAUAACUAAGUGGGAGUGUCCCAAUAUAUUGGAGUUGAUUAAAUUUAUGGAGAAAAAAUUAAAAUGGACCGCUGAUUAUACUAUUGAAAAAUCAUUUCCACUGUUAACGCGAUGGCACAUUGAAAACCAAUCAAGUUUAACACCGAAUCCAUCGAUGCCAUCAACCAGCGAAUUAAUUCCGAAAGUAAUUAAAAAAAUUCGUACUAUUCAAUCAGUGUGUUACUAUGAAAUUGAGUGGGAUGUAGUCAGUGAGAUUGAAUGCUUUAUUAAAUUAGGAGAGGACGAAAGCGAAGAUAACUGUAAAAAAAAUUUAAUAACUACAUUGGAACCAAUUGAUCUAGUUAAAUUAGUUUAUCCGAAUUUAGUUGAAGCAUUUGAAGACACAAAGAAUGCGAAAAAAAAAUCUCGUAAAAAACCUAAGCCUGUUGAGGGUGACAAGGAAAAUGUGGUAAAGCCAAAAAAUAGUAGAAAGAUAAAAUCAAAGCCUGAAGAAGGACAGGAAAAAAAAAUAUAUGAUUUUUUUAAGAAAACAAAGAGUACAAAAAAAUCUAAUAGUCAGGAUAAUUUAAAGUUGGGUGAAUUAAAUGGUUCAGUCAGUAGUUUAUUUGACGAUUUAGCUGAACAAGAUUUUUCAACUGACGUUGACGAAGACGCUCCGGACAUGUCGAUGAUUGUAGAAAAAUUAUGCCAGCACAUUGACCUACCCACUGCCAAUGAUAAAAAAUUGAUUGAUCAAAUUCCGUCAGUUGAAUCAAUUACUACUUCAAGUGAUGACGUUAUUAGUACAGAAUUAAAAGAUAAUUGUUUGAAGGAUGAUUUGGAUGAAUUUGAUAUUCCAUACAUCCCUUUAAGCGAUCGUAUUAAAUAAUUAUCACUAAUCACAUUGUAUAUUUAAUUCCAUAAGAUCAUUAAUAGAUUACAAAUUUAUAAAUUUUUAACUCAAUCCAGUCGUAUUUUCUAUUUAUAUAAAAAAAAAAAAUAAAUAAAUAAAUAAAAAAAUCAUCGUUGCGAAUAAAAAAAAAAACAAUAAUAAUAAUAAUUAUUAUUAUUAUUAUUGUAAUCAAUUAAUAUAAAUGUUUUGUAAGUUUUUAAUUACGAUCUUAUGGCCAUUAAAUGCGUGAUAUUGUAGUAGUAAAAAUAAAAUCGUAAUUAUUUUUAUACACAUCGUAGUAAAAAUAUACUUACAUAAAUAAUAAAAAUAGACAAUAAAUAAUUUGUCAACUCUUUAUUAAUUUUCUAACAAAUAUUUAAAUAAUACCAGUGUGUAACGAUCUAAAGAUCAAUUUUUUUUUAGAUCUAAAUAUACAUAUAUAUAUCCACACUUAAUAUACCCGGCAAUCUCAUAAAUAAUGACAAUGUUUCAUAUUUUUUUUGUUCAUCUUAAACAUUAAUACAAUUUAUAUACAUAUUAUUUUAUUUGUAAAUAAUAACGUAAUACAAGUGAUAAAUUAAUUUCAAUUCUUAAAGGCCAAGUCACUUGGGUUAUUAAAAAGUUGAUAGAUUUUUUUUUCUCAUUACUUAAUAAAUUACUAUAAAUUACUUAUAAUAUAAAUUCCACUAAUAAUCUCUUAACGAGAAUCGUUUUACAAUAAUUUAAAUUUUCUUUUCGUUAUUUAAAUUUAUAUAACUACAAAUAAUCAACUAUUUAGAUAAAUGUAUAGAUGAAAUUUUUUUAUUUGUUAGAUUUAAAUCAACAUAAAUUAUAAAAUGAUAAUAAUUAUUAUUUAUCAUAUAUUUCUUUCAAUAAAAUUAAUAUUUGCACAAUUAGCACCCAUUAUAAUUAUACAAUAUAUAUAUUUAAUUUAAUAAUAUAUAAAUUUAUUUAUAAAUCUUUAACAAACUCAAGUAUUUGAAUAACUAGGCCCGAAUAAUCGACUCAUGUUUCAUUAAAUUAUUGAGCGGGUAACGUUAAAUAAUUAUGUGCGACUUUUGAUAAAAUAAAAAAUAAAUUAUUUAAAUUACAAAAAAAAUGUUUCAUUUAUAAAAAUAAUAAUGUAAAAUUUAUUUCUUUAUAAAUAUUAAUUUAAAAUAAAUUGUACUAAGUACGAGUGACUAUACAUUAAUUUGUAUAUCAUUAGAUUGCAUUGUUUGUAAUUUACUUUGUUAAUUUUUUUUUAUUUUAUAAACUAAAUUUGUGCUCA